AUGAGGCCCGCGCCUUUGAAAAAGGGCCCUUACAGGCCAUUCCUCGGUAGCGACUUCUACGAAAGUCUAUUGUUUAACGAAUUGAGGGGAACUGAUGUGUUAAUGUCAGUUCUCUUGGGUCUAUCCUUCAUUUUGCACCAGAUCAAAAUCUUGAAGCCCACCACGGAAUUGAACUCAACUGAAGUUGACCUUUUCGAAGCAAUUACUCAUUAUAAAAACGGCGAAUUCUUCAUAACAGAAUUUCCUCCCUUGCUAAUUCAGAUACUGUCUUCAAUAAGCUCGAUUUUGAAAAGCGUACCAAAUGAAACUUUGCAAUACUAUGCCAUUUUUACAGGCGCUCUAACCAUUUCUGUUUUAUAUCUAACCAUGCGUGUCUCUAAUGUGAAAAGCGCAAUAGCAGUACUGGCAGUAUCGAUCAUCUCUCGCCUGCCAUUGUUUACUAAAGAAUGCAUUCAUCUUUCCCCUGUUGUUCUCCACACCCUCUUUCUGUCCUGCGGUGUGCUGAGCUGGAACAUUUUGAAAAGAACCCGCUUGUAUUCCACCUGUUGGUAUCUGAGUCUAUUAUCACUCGGAUCUUUUAUUUCCCUGUCAGCUGGAUCCAAAUUUGUCGGAGUUGUAACUUGGUGCUGGUUUUUGUUCCUAGUGGCCAAGCGCAGUUGGGAAAUAGCUGGAGACGCAGACGUUCAGUUGGACAGACUUCUUGUUCAGACUAUUUGGAGAACUGCUGCUGUGGGAUUUAUUCCGCUUGCAGUACUAACUUCAUCAUACUUUACCUUCCUUAGCAACUCGAGAAUUCCCUCUUCCAACCAUUCGGGUUUGGUGUCACCUUACUUCAAAAGUUGGUUUGUACCCGAAACUAUGCCACAGCCAGAUGUGAUAUACUAUGGUAGUAAUUUACUCAUUAGACAUGCACCAUCAUUAGGUGGCUAUCUACAUUCACACAACUACACUUAUAGAGGUGGGUCUGGAGAACAACAAGUUUCACUAUUCAUAUAUUCAAAUGAUGCUGAUAAUGAAUGGAUCAUUGAGCCGUCCUCAGAUACUUUGGAGUACAAAACCAAACUUGAGCCCGUCAAAAAUGGGGCUUCGAUCAAGCUCAGACACAGGACCACCGGAAAAUUAUUGAGAGCGUCAUCAGCGAAGCCUCCUAUCAGUGAGCAGGACUAUGACCAUGAGGUUUCCUGCACUGGAGAUGAGAAAUAUAGGGGCGAUGCUGACGAAACCUGGCGUUUGAGGUUUGAGAGAGGUAAGACAGUUCAUGAUGGAUUGUUGUGUCCUUUUACGAUAUACUUCAGCCUUGAAAACAAAGGCCAUAACUGCAAGCUCUUGAGUCAUGAUUUGAGACUGCCUGACUGGGGCUUUGAACAACAAGAAGUGCUCUGUGUGGAUUCUGCUGACAAGGAAAGGUCACUUUUCUUUAUUGAUAGGUCUAACCUUUACAAAGAAAGAGGUGCAUAUAUUUCCAGUCCAAAACACUGGAUUGGCAAGAGGCUUUGGACUCUCACCCUAGAGUAUGUUCAAAGACAGUACAAGUUUGAUUAUUACCUAAAGAAUAAAGAUGCGAGAAGUGAUAUCAAAAGAGUAAAUUGGCUAUUGAAUAUUGCAGACUCCGCAGCUGUGAAUUUCAUGUGGUUUAUUCCAUUAGCAUCUCUGGUUGGGUACAUACUUGUGGAAUGCUUCAGGUGGAUAAAAUGGGAUCCUUGGGCUGACACCAGCUCCGAAGUGGAUCCGGUGAAGUAUCUAUACUUGGACAGCUGCCAGGAACUUGCUACAGGGUGGUUUAUGCACUACUACAUUUUUGCAUGGUCCAAACAUGACAAUAUCACUGUAACUCAGUAUCUUCCCAGCUAUGUCCUCAGCCUUCUGCUAGCCGCACAGACGGCCAACUUCCUCUGGAAUUAUGGUAAGAUUACUCGUCUUCUGUUGGUAGGAUCAUCGGCAGCAGCCAUGGUCAUCACACAUAUAUCUAACUAA